GUUCGAUGAUUUUGUUCCUUAAUGCUGCUCAGACGAUGAAUUCUCCACCGCGGUUAAGCAGCGAUUCCAUGGUGAUGCGCUUUCCCGCUCGACUGUGGCGCAUUGUCAACUCCUGCACGUCUGGGGCCAUCUCCUGGGGGCCCAAUGGAAAAACUGUGCGAGUGUUGCGGCACAAGUUUGAGAAAGAAUAUCUGCUUGCAGUCUCCAAACCAUUCAAGACGUCGAAGUUUGAAAGUUUUGUACGUCAGCUAAACCAUUACGGAUUUAAGAAGAUCACCAACCCCAUAAUGUUAGAUGAGAGCAAAGAGGAGGCGGCGAGUCUGUCCGAGUACCGUAACUCACUCUUCACACGAGACCGCCCCGAGAUGAUCGCCUUCCUCCACCGCAGCUGCCGGCGCUCCGGCCCAGAGAAGGGCGCCAGACGCCAGCGACCCAAACCUCGGGAGGCCACGCUUUGUCCGCAAUCUUCGUCUCAGCCAGCUGGCUUCAAUGCAGAACCCAGCUCAAACAAUUCAUCUAUACUUCUUCAUCCCUUGCUGCGUCCAGACAAACCUGCUGAUUUUAACAAUUGUAAGAGUAAUUGCUCUGUUGGCGCCCAGCCAGGUCCCACCUGUAGUGUGUUGAAUUAUAUGCUCCCGAAAGGUGAACACAAGAUCCAAGGCUUGACAGUGCUACGUGACUUGUCUUCAUACGCAUUUCGUUCCGCAAAAGAAGAGAACGUCCAGCGACAAGUCCUCUCCUUCAUGGACACGGAUCAGAGCAAUGGCCCAGCUCCUGGAAACGUCACGUCGAACCAGGUGAUCAUCGGCUCCAAAGAAUCGACUCCAUCUCUCGCCCCAUUGCUGCCGUCAUCACCGCCGCAGCAGCAGCUGGACAUGGUCGUGGACACCAGGGUAAGUCUUACUUGCUCAGACCGACAGAUUCUGGAAAUAAGUUUGACGGAAGUGACGUAAGUCUCAUACCUGCCACUUCGUCAAGC